CUCCCCGCUCGCCGUCGCCCACCACCACCGGUCGGUCGCCAGCCGAGUUCCAAGUCUCCGAGUGCUCAGGCCUCAGGCUCUCAGCUCGCUCUACGCUCCGUCCGUCGUCGAUACAGCAGCUAGCUGGCGGCGGAUCGAUCAAUCUAGAGACCUGUGCCGGGCAAUGGCGAUCAAGAAGGGCGGCGCAGCGGCGUCGGGGCUGAAGCAGAUCCUGCGGCGGUGCUCGAGCCUGGGUCGCCGCCAGCAGCAGCAGCACAGCGGGUACGAGGAGUACAACGACGAGGAGGAGGAGGCGUCCGGCCUGCCGUCGGACGUGCCGCGGGGCCACUUCGCGGUGUACGUGGGCGAGCGGCGGCGGCGGUUCGUGGUGCCCAUCGCGCUGCUGGACCGGCCCGAGUUCCGGUCCCUGCUGCGGCGCGCCGAGGAGGAGUUCGGGUUCGCCGGCGCCGGGGCCGGCGGCAUCCUCGUCCUCCCCUGCGAGGAGGUCGCCUUCCGCUCCCUCACCUCCGCCCUCGCCUGCGGCGGCGCACGGUGAGCGCGCGCGCGCACGUCACUCCCGCCGCCGGUGCACGGCGUGCUCCGACGAUCCUGUGGCUAUUCGUUCGAUUCUCAUUGAUUCGGCCGGCCCGGUUAGCUAGAGCUCGCCGGCGGCGAAGUAUGUAGUAAUCACACGUGUACCGUGAAGGUUAAUGGUGUGUGUAAAUAUGGAGUGGGUUUAGAGAAGACGAACAAGUGGUGCAUGCGCGGAGGAUUAUAUUAGCGCGCGCCCGCCCGACCGCCAUUGGAGAGAAUGAACUGUCCAUCGAAGAAGGAAGAGAUCAGAGGACGCGCGGAGAAGACGAUCAGGUGUUUGAGAUGGAGAGGUGGCAUUAGCUUCGAUGAUUAGCUAGCUAGCAGUGUCUUCUUCUUCCUGGCCUGCGAGCUGCUGCGUGUACGUUGUUUGUGAUGGGUUCUACUUCCUGGCCUCCUGCUACACACGCAUGGUUAGCUAGGAGGCCAAGUGAACGAACUGUCAUUGUUUUUUUUUUCUUCUGUACACGCAACGCAAAGCUGCUGGCCGGGUAGCUAGUAGCUGCCCAGAUCAUGAGAGCUUGCAACCUACCGAGAUCGAUCAACCAGAUGUAUACAAGUGUUUUCCUCUCCUGACCCAAAAAAAAAUGAUUGGUGGUGA